CACUUUUAAUGUGGUUGCACUAAAGUCAAUACGUUUAAAAAUGGCCCUGAAACAUGAACUACCAAGUGAAAAUUCGCGGACAGCCCUUGUAUUGGAAAAUGAGAAAAGUAUUGAGUGCAAAAAGUUUCCCCAGUUUUUUGCUGCUUUUAUUGCAUCCUUAAGUGCAUUAUGUAUGGGUAUGAGCCUAUCCUGGAGUUCCCCUGCUAUUCCUAUGUUACAAAAGACCGAUUCUUUUUUAAGUGUAACUGCUACUGAAGGUGCUUGGAUCGGUUCCCUUAUUACCCUGGGGGCGUGCCUAGGAGCUAUAUGUACUGGCUCCAUUACGGCACUUUUGGGACCUAAGAAAACAUUGUUAUUGCUUAGUUUACCAUUGUAUGGGUCCUGGAUAUUGAUAGCUUAUUGCGAUUCUGUUUGGGAAUUGUACAUUGCAAGGUUCGUAGCAGGAAUUUCCUGCGGAGGUUUUAGUGUCGCCACCCCCACGUACAUAGCCGAACUAUCGCAUCACUCUAUACGUGGAACUUUAGGAACCUUUUUCCAAUUUCAAAUUACCAUAGGACUGCUAAUAGAGUACAUAUUGGGUGGGCUUAUAAAGGAUUUCCAACUUUUGGCACAAGUCUCUUCCAUUUUUCCGAUAAUAUUCGUGUUUUCAUUUUUGUUCAUGCCUGAAUCUCCUGCUUUCUUAUGCAAAAAAGGACAAAAUGCAGAAUUUAGGAAAAGUUUACAAUGGUUUAGAGGCGAGGACUACGACAUCGAGGAAGAAACGUCCAGGAUUCGGGACGACCUGAGAGCAAGCCAAUCCAACAAAGCGGGGUUGUCAGAUUUGAUAAACGAUCGAGCAACACUAAGAGCACUAAUUAUCUGCCUCGGUUUGAUGUUGUUCCAGCAAUUGAGCGGCAUCAACGCCGUCCUUUUCUACGCUGGAGAGAUUUUCGAGAAAUCUGGAAGCAGUAUGUCGCCAGAUGCGUGUGCUAUACUUUUAGGAUCCGUUCAGGUCCUUGCAACUUUCGCCUCGACCAUCCUCAUCGACAAAGCCGGCCGUAAAAUCCUCCUCCUCACAUCGGACUUCGUGAUGUGCUUAUCACUACUAUCACUGGGCACCUACUUCUACACAAGCCUAUACUACAACCUCUCCAGCUUGAACGUCGUACCGCUGAUCAGUGUCGCCACCUACAUCGUAUUCUUCUCGAUGGGCCUCGGACCAAUCCCGUGGAUGAUGGUGGGGGAACUGUUCCCGCCGAAAACCAAACCGAUCGCCAGCUCGAUUUCGGCGUGUUUGAACUGGACCUUGGCGUUCACUGUCACCAACCAGUUUCAGAACAUGGUGCAAGGGGUCGGUAUCGGUAUCACCUUCGGUGUUUUCGGCAUUGUAUGUGCAUUGGGGUCUUUAUUUGUUGCUAUGUUGGUCCCUGAGACCAAAGGGAAAACCAGUGAAGAGAUUGCGUGUAUUUUGGCCGGGGAGAAUGGCAGUGUGAGUGUGCAAGGGAAAGUUGUAAUCAAAAUUGAAUGUUAAGAUUUCUAUAAAAUGUUUUAAAUAAUUUAUAUUAAGUUAUUUAUUUUUAAUAAAGUUCAUUUUGUUA